UCCAUCAUCACAAACGUUGGACACAAGCACACCUUUAUGGGGUCUCUGCCAGGAACAAGGAUGUAGGCUAAGAAAGAAACCCCAAGGAAAGUUCAACACAAUAACAAAAAGUUUCAGCAUUGGCUGCCAAACACCAGACAGGAAAAUUCAAUGGUUUCUGAUGUCAAACUAGAGACAGAUUCCUACUAUAUAUGACAAGCAGUAGCGACCGCAUAUUUUCUGCCUCAUCUUCUCAGAUUACUAUUAGUUUCAACGAGACAACGUAAACACUCACCUGGAGGACAAGAUGAGCGCUUCAGUGGCUGUAUACCGAAAUAUUUACACCGAGGACCGGUUCAGACAGUCGUACGGUACCGAGGACAAGCCCCGUGGAGGUGGUCAACGGUUUCGGGAGAAGAUCGCGGAACGGUGCAGGUGCUCGCGUGCAGCAUGCCUUCACCUGUUGAGGGAACGAGUUCCCAUUUUUAACUGGCUGCCGAAGUACAGGCUGAAAAAAUGGAUAUUAGGUGAUACAAUAGCGGGACUAACAGUUGGUAUACUUCACAUUCCACAAGGUAUGGCCUUUGCCUUACUGACGUCAGUGGCGCCCAUCUAUGGCCUCUACACCUCCUUCUUCCCUGUGGUUCUCUACAUGCUGUUUGGCACAGGACGGCAUGUAUCCACUGGUACCUUUGCAGUGGUGAGCCUGAUGACAGGCUCAGUGGUGGAACAGCUGGUGCCCACCCCUCUACAGCUCAACUCCUCCAGUCCAGAGGCUGCAGACUUUGAGGCCCAGAGGAUUGGGGUUGCCUCCGCUGUAGCCUUACUCUCAGGGAUCAUGAUGCUCUGUAUGUUUGGGCUACAGCUGGGUUUCCUCUCUACAUACCUGUCAGAGCCCAUCGUCAAGGCAUUCACCAGCGCUGCAGCCUUCCACGUCACCAUCUCACAGCUGCAAAGCAUGCUGGGACUGCGGCUCCCCCGCCACACCGGCCCCUUCUCACUCUUCAAGACCCUUGCGUCUGUCAUAGAGAACCUUCCCCACACCAACAUGGCUGAGCUGCUGACCUCCCUGGUGUGUCUGGCCAUCCUGGUACCGGUUAAAGAAGUCAACAUGAGGUUCCGACAGCACCUACGCACACCCAUCCCCGUAGAGAUCCUCACGGUGAUAAUAGCUACAGGAGUGGCCUAUGCUUCAUCUCUGGACUCUAACUAUGGCGUUCAGAUAGUGGGACACAUUCCUGCAGGCUUCCCUAGUCCACGGAUGCCUGCCUUGCACAAGUUGCCUGAGGUCGCUGGAGACACGGUUGCCAUUACGUUUGUGGGUUAUGCUGUGUCUGUCUCACUGGCAAUGAUCUACGCAGACAAGCACGGCUACUCCAUCCAACCCAACCAGGAGCUCCUGGCCCAUGGUAUCUCCAACACAGUGUCGUCUCUCUUCACCUGUUUCCCCAGCUCAGCCACUCUGGCCACCACCAACAUCUUGGAGAGUUCUGGGGGAUUCACACAGCUCUCUGGCUUGUUCACCAGUCUGGUGGUUCUGAUAGUUCUACUGCUGAUUGGACCUCUCUUCUACUUCCUGCCCAAGGCAGUGCUGGCCUGUAUCAAUGUCACCAGCCUCAGACAGAUGUUUCUACAGUUCCAGGACCUGCCAGACCUCUGGCGAGUCAGCAAGAUUGACUUCGUAGUGUGGCUGGUGACUUGGCUGUCUGUUGUGGUCCUGAAUGUCGAUAUGGGUCUGGCUAUUGGAGUGGUCUUCUCAAUGAUGACAGUCAUCUGUCGCACACAGAGGGCUGGGUGUUCAGUGCUGGGCAGAGCGAGCAACACAGAGAUCUACAGACCUUUAGAGAACCACAACAAGUGCUAUGAAGUUCCGGGUGUGAAGAUCCUGACAUACAACGGGCCCAUCUACUACGGCAACCGCAGCUUCUUCAGAGAGGACAUGAGUCGUCUGCUGGGCCUCACCCCAGAGAGGAUCCGCAGUAGAGAGAAGGCCAGGAAGGCCCUGGAGAAGAGGGAAAGAGAGGCUGUCAACACUGUGGAGAGAGGUGUCGCUAACACAUCAUUUUCAUCUGAGAAUGAGUUCUUUAAAUCUGAAACUGCUGAAAGUGAGGUCCAGGCAGUACUAAUAGAUUGCAGCAGUGUGAUUUUUGUCGAUGUUGCUGGAGCCAGACUCUUCAUACAGAUGUGUAUUGACUGCCAGAAAGUUGGGGUUUGCAUAUAUUUGGCCAAUUGCAAUGAGAGUGUUCUGAGGAUCCUAACCUCCAGUGGACUGAUGAACUACAUGAACCCACAACACAUCUUUGUUACGGUCCACGAUGCUGUGAUGUACAUUCAACAACAGAAGGAGCAAACUCCAGAAAACACUACUACCGUUUGGGUGUGAGAUGGUUGGUCGGCCAUUCUACACGUCAAGAUGAACUGAUAUGCAGUAACAUGCACGAUACAGACCAGGGAAAACAUCUCUCCCUCUACAAGGACUGUACAUCAAGGUUUGUUCCUGGUCUAAGACGGGCGCAGUGCUGUGUUAAUGUGUAUACUAGUAUGCCAUGAUUGGGCUUCAAGAAGGGAGCAGCGUAUUGUAGCAUUUCAGUAUGAAAUUCAGGGUCAAUCCCAGUAUUUUAAAUACGUAUUUGAAGGACCAAUACUGAAGAGACUUGCACAAAUGAUCACAACAGUGGCAGAGCACGUAUGACGCACAAAGCACUCCUGGUAGUCCUGCUACUUACUGGAAUCCAGGAGAAGAGACCAAUGAGAGAUGUUUAUCUACUACAAUAACCCUAGUAAACACAAAUAUAUACAUCAUUUGAUUAUUAUCUGUUAAAACAUUGCUUAUUAUAUCUGAAUGCUGGAAAAAUAGUGGCCAACCAUUACUGGUAUUUAUUUUGUAAUUCUGUAAUACAAAAGUGAAUAUUAUUCCAAUGAAUAAAAUGCACUGAACGCUUUCUUAAAAGGGAGAUAUGUAUAUUCACAUGAAAUAAUGCCUUAUGUGUUAUAAAUGUAUAUUUCUGUGUACUGUACAUUGUGUUUAUAAUGAAAUGCACUGCAGAAAAUGAGUGAAAUUACGUACGGAUACCUGUAUUGUCUGCAACUGUAAUAUCCUCCUGCAGUUUUUGAAAUACUUUUAUUGAGUUAUUUUACAAUAAACAUGCUCAAAAUGUA